AUGAAGUUGUUCGAGAUAAUGAGCAUCUUCACUCUCGUGGCGAUAUCAACGGCGGUCUCCGCAGACAGGAACCCGCUGUCCUACGCGCCCAAGCCGGCGGUACUGGACGGGUCCGCGGGCUUCGCCGAGCUUUUGAAACCCUUUCCCCCUUUGGACUUCACCUUCUUCGCCCUUGAGGAACACACGGCACAAUACUUCAGUAUCAUUGCGCCGACGUACACGUAA